GCCGGGACCCCCGGCCAGCGCGUGCGCGAACGGAGCCUGGGAGGCGGGCCGGCAUUGGGAUGAGUCUCCGCGCGCCGUCGCACCACUAAGGAGGAGGCCGGGGGCCGAGGGGAGCGCGGACCACCCGCGCCGGGCCGGGCCAUGGCGUUCCUGGCCGGGCCGCGCCUGCUGGACUGGGCCAGCUCGCCACCGCACCUGCAGUUCAACAAGUUCGUGCUGACGGGCUACCGGCCGGCCAGCAGCGGCUCGGGCUGUCUGCGCAGCCUCUUCUACCUGCACAACGAGCUGGGCAACAUCUACACGCACGGGCUGGCCUUGCUAGGCUUCCUGGUGCUGCUGCCGAUGACCAUGCCGUGGGGUCAGCUGGGCAAGGACGGCUGGCUGGGGGGCACACACUGUGUGGCCUGCCUGGCACCCCCCGCAGGCUCCGUGCUGUAUCACCUCUUCAUGUGCCACCAAGGGGGCAGCGCUGUGUACACGCGACUCCUUGCCCUGGAUAUGUGUGGGGUCUGCCUCGUCAACACCCUCGGGGCUCUGCCCAUCAUCCACUGUACCCUGGCCUGUAGGCCCUGGCUUCGCCCCGCCGCUCUGCUGGGCUACACUGUGCUGUCGGGUGUGGCCGGCUGGCGGGCCCUCACUGCUCCCUCCACCAGUGCCCGGCUCCGCGCCUUUGGCUGGCAGGCUGCAGCCCGCCUUCUGGUGUUUGGGGCCCGGGGAAUGGGGCUGGGCUCCGGGGCUCCAGGCUCCCUGCCCUGCUACCUGCGCAUGGAUGCGCUGGCACUGCUCGGGGGGCUGGUGAACGUGGCCCGCCUGCCGGAGCGCUGGGGACCCGGCCGCUUCGACUACUGGGGCAACUCCCACCAGAUCAUGCACCUGCUCAGCGUGGGCUCCAUCCUCCAGCUGCACGCUGGCGUCGUGCCCGACCUGCUCUGGGCCGCCCACCACGCCUGUCCCCCAGACUGAGCCACCUCCUGCCUGCCACGCCGGCCUCCCUCCUGACAGUCCUCUGGAACCAAUAGCGUGCUUCACUCCUGCUGCUGGUCUUGGAGGGGCCGAUGGCCUGGAUGCUUCCAGCAAACAGGACUUCCCAGCUGGGAGCCCUCAUCUGUUCGUCCGUUUCUCCCUGUGGACUAAUCUCUUCUACUCACACCUUGGAGCUCUGGCUUUCCCUCCCUGCUGCCUUCCUUCAGGGUACUGUCCCGGUAGGCUAGAAGGAACCCUUUCCUUCCUAGGCCUCAGUUUAUCCUUUGUGACCUAUGAGGGCAUGGCUGGAGGGACUCUGGGGUCAUGUCUGGCUCUGACAGUUGGAACCCUACCAGCCCAGAGCCAUGAGCCUACUCUGCCCCCACACAUAAGGUAUCUUAUGGGUGCCUGGCCCAGCCUUCAGCCCCUAUUUCCUGACUUUUGUCUUUCUGCUCUGCAUGCCAGCCCUCCCUGCAGCCUGAGGCUCACCUCCCCUCUUCUCCCUUCUGUCCAGAGACUGUGGAGUGAGGAGUUUGGGCAACAGGACCAGUCUCUUAUCCCAGGACCAAGGGGUAGGAGGGUAGCUGCAGCUGCUUUUUCCAGGCAGCUAGCACAAAGACACGAGAGCUGAGGGGCACUGGACUCAGGGUCCCCCUGUGCUGAGGCCCCCUCUCCACUCUUGAGGGCCAUGCUCUGAUGGCCUGACCUACACAGUGGGGAUGUGCCUGCUCAGGAAAUCUCGGCUACAUGCAGCGCAUGGCUCCUGCCUCCAGCCAGCUGGCCUGGGGCCCUGCAUGAGGGCCCAGCCUCGGUGCACGCUGGGGCCGCAGACCCUAGGCAACAUCAAUAAAGGGGCAGGAAGCACAGUGUUGCCACACAAACAAGCGUGGGUGCUCCCGAGAU